UUUUCGGGUGAUAUUUCGAUUGUGUGUGUUUGCGUGGAAUAGAGGAGAGAACUUGCGCUUCUUGUAGUUCUGCUUCUAGCUUUGUUCAUGCGUUUCCACUGCCACACUAGAAAUUAGUUCUGUUAGUCGAGGAGCCAUGGAUGUCGCAACAGCGGAGGCUGCUCCGGCCGAGGCCACUCAGGCGUCCAUGAUUCUAUGCUGUCAGUGCGGUACGCUGAUCGAGCCCAACCCGUCCAACAUGUGCGUGGGCUGCAUCCGCUCUCGCGUCGACAUCACCGAAGGCAUACCCAAGCAGGGAGUCAUACAUUUCUGCCGCGCGUGCGAAAGAUAUCUCCAGCCUCCGACAGCCUGGGUGUCGUGUGCCUUGGAGUCACGCGAACUACUCUCCGUCUGCCUGAAGAGAAUCAAGCUACAGUCGGUUCGUCUCAUCGACGCUGGGUUUAUAUGGACUGAGCCUCACUCGAAGCGCCUAAAAGUAAAGCUGUCAGUCCAGAAGGAGGUGUUCACGUCCACGAUUCUCGAGCAGGAGUUUGUCGUCGAGUUCGUUAUCCAGAAUCAGAUGUGUGAAGCAUGCCAUCGGCGUGAGGCAGACGACUUCUGGAAAGCCGUCGUCCAAGUUCGACAGAAGGCACGGCACAAGAAGACGUUUCUCUUCCUCGAGCAGCUGAUCCUCAAACACAGGGCGCAUUCCAACUCUGUGAAAGUCAAGCAGUGCAAAGAUGGCCUGGAUUUCUUCUUUCAUAGCCGAUCGCACGCCAAGAAAAUGGUGGACUUCCUCAACUCUGUAGUCCCGUGCACAUAUAAGACAUCUGAACAGCUCAUCUCUCACGACAUCCACAGUAAUACGUUCAACUACAAGUACACAUUCAGCGUGGAAAUUGCACCCAUCUGCAAGGAUGACAUCCUGUGCUUACCGAACAAGUUAGCACAGUCUAUCGGCAGUAUUCGACCGCUAGUGAUAUGCUAUCGUGUCAGUACAGGUCUUCAUGUUAUUGAUCCAUGGACACUGCAAGUUGCUGAAAUGUCCAGUGCAAUGUUCUGGAGGCAGCCGUUCACCAGUGUGAGCACAUCACGUGACCUCGUUCAGUUCACUAUCAUGGAGAUUGAUGUCAUCAAGGCCCCAAGCCGAGGUGGUGCCUCCGGUAACAAAGGACUCAGUGGACUAGCACAGAAGUUCACGCUGGCGGAUGCAUGGGUGGUGCGCAGCGAGGAGCUGGGCGUCAGCGACAGGCAGUAUCACUGCCGCACGCAUCUCGGACAUUUGUUCAACGUUGGCGACACCGCACUCGGGUUUGACUUCACGAACGCCAACCUGAACCACGACAACCUGGCAAAGCUCAAGGUGGACAAGAUGCCUGAUGUGGUGUUGGUGAAGAAGCACUUUGGCGACAAGCACAAGCGACACUCUCGUCGCAACUGGCAGCUGAAGACACUGGAGAAAGAGAAGGAAGGAGAUGGCGACGCAGUCUCCAUGGAUGGUGACUACACUGAUUUCCUGGAGGACAUUGAGGAGGACUCCGAUCUCCGGCAGAAGGUCAACAUUUACCACGAUCCUAAACGUGACGAGGCCGCAGGCACCGCACCGGGCGUGUUGGAACUAUCGGAGGACGUGCCGCAGAUCGAGCUGGCCGACAUGCUCUCCGAGCUCGACCUGGCCAGCAGCAGUGAAGCAGCCGCCGACGGCGAUACUGCUGGUGCUGUGGUCACGGCGGAGACACUGGAGCAGCGCAUCGUGCUGCUGAACGCCGAACACGAGCGCCUGACGGUGGCCUUCGCCGAGCAGAAGGCGGCGCUGGAGGCGCAGGUCCAGACCGGCGCCGUGGAGGCCGCGCUCGCCGAGCACCAGUUUGCCUUGCUGCAGCAGCAGGCAGAGGAGCAGGUCAAGCUCUUGCAGCUGCACCACGCUGAGGCGGUCGCGGCCCUGGAGCAGCUACGCUCACAGCAGCAGUAGUACAUGUGGUAGCCGUCGGACCCAGGACGCUAGAAGGUCACCGCGCCAAGCCCGUGCUACUUUUCUGUAAAAAUUCAUCCAUGUGUACAUAGAGUCAGCGUAUUAUAAUUCUAUCCAACGCUGUUGGCCGAUGUCUCUGUUAUGUGCUCAAUGCAUUCUUGUGCAGUUUUGCAGUCGGCAUCAUGCCGGCUGGCUCUAUGUCGGGUCGAGCAUUGGCCUUUCGCCUUCUGUGGUGCCUGCGCGACUCGUUCCAUUGAUAACUCCAUCAGUGUCAGUGAUCUGCCGCACAACCCUGUCUCUAAGGCUCUUGUACGGGUGCAAGCCCAAGCCCCUGCCCCUUGUACGGCCGCACAAUCCUGCUUCGUUUGCGGGCGCUCGCCGUCUUGCCUCGCGUGCGGGAACAUGGUGCUGCCUCUCGUGCGGGAACAUGGUCCUGCCUCUCGGGCAGCCGCCGCUCCUGUCAGUGGCACUUCUCAAUUUCCAGUUUCAGUUUUCCUUUGAUUUCGUACAUGCUCUGAGGUCGUGUGCCAUAUAAUUAUUUUCUGUGAAUGAAAAGUGCACCUCUGGAAGUCAUAUUCUUAUGACUCACUCAUGCCAUCUGUACAGUACACAGAAUACUUCUCUCGGUAUAAUCGACGUCAUGGACACCAUAA